UAAACUUCAAUGUUAUUGUCAAAUCUAAUAGUUUUAAGUAAAAUUCGUAUUUAAUCUAAAAUGAGUAAUAAUGAUUCGGAUGGUUGUGAAGAUGGACAAAUUGUUUCGCCUCCUAAUUCAAAUGAUAAUGAUUUUAGCUUAUCUGAGGAAGACAUAGAACAUGAUGCUUCCUUGCAUAUAAAACCACCACAGUUAAUUUCAUCACGAAGUCACAAACUAUCUAGGAAAAAACAUUCCCAUGACAAACACUCAAAAUUAAAACACAGUAGUAGAAGGCACUCUAUGAAGGAUAAGGAUAAACACAAACGACACAGAUCCGGAGAUAUUGAGAGUAGUAAUCCUGAUCGAAUAUUAGAAGAUUUGCGAUCUAGACUGCUAGAUAAGCGCAAUAGGCAUAAAGUACAGUCUCACGAUGAAUAUAGAAGGCCAACAAAAGGUAGCAGUCAACAUGAUUUGGAUCAUGAUGAUAAAAGGCAUAAAAAUUACAGUAGGGACCUUGAAGAGCAUAGAAGACAACGUGAUAAACCUGCAGAGUAUUAUGAACGUAAAAGUAAAAAAGAAAUUGAUAUCAAAUCCAGGGAUUUAGAAAAUGAGGAUUACAGAAGGCAAAGUAGAGAUAAAAUGAGUAUAGAUAUAGAUUAUGAUCUUGAUAAACGACACAGCAGAUAUAAACCUAAUGUAGUGAGAGAAAAAAGAAACUCUGAAGGUGAAUCUGAACAUAAUUAUGAGCAGAAGCGGGAUAAAACGGAAAUGGAGACAUAUAGGCACAAGGAAAAAACAAAUCUUGUUCGUGAUGUUGAAUAUGAUGAAAGAAGGGAUAGGUUAUUAGUUGCAGAAAGAGAAAUGCUCAGGUUAAAAAAAAUUAGUCGUAUGGAAUUGCUAGCUAGGCGGGAAUUAAAAAGUAAAAAACUAUUAGAACAUGAAGAAGCAUCAUCUAGGAAAAAACUGAGACGAUCUAGUCAGGAUAGCUUAGAUAAAGAUUCAAAAGAAGUUACUGUAGUAAUGGUAUCUGAUGACACAGAAGAGGAAAUGGCCAAUUCGAACUAUGACUCUGAUCAUAGUAAAUCAGAUGACAGUGAAGAAGAAGCUUCAGAGAAUUCAGAUGAUCAUUCUGAUGAGAAACGUAAAUCCAAUUCGAGAUCAAGAUCAUGUUCAGAGUCUGAUACGAGUUCAGAGUCCAAUGAUGAAUCUCAUACAGAAAUGCAAAAGGACGAUGAUGAUAUUCAAAUGGAAGAUUCAGAAAAGAAAAUUGAAAACACAAAGACAGAGAAUGAAACUAACAGUCCAAAUACUAAUAACAUUGCUAAUAAUAAUGCAGAGCAAGAAAAAAAUAGCGAAGCUGAAGAUUUGACUAAAUUUCCUCCGUACUAUCCAGGAAUACAAGGCUGCAGAUCUGUUGCUGAAUUUCAAUGUUUAAAUAGAAUAGAAGAGGGUACUUAUGGAGUUGUUUACAGAGCAAAAGAUCUUCGAACAGGUGAAGUUGUCGCAUUGAAGAGAUUGAAAAUGGAGAAAGAGAAAGAAGGUUUUCCAAUUACUUCUUUAAGAGAAAUUAAUACAUUACUGAAGGCACAACAUCCAAAUAUUGUUACAGUUCGUGAAAUAGUUGUUGGGAGUAACAUGGAUAAAAUCUUCAUUGUCAUGGAUUAUGUAGAGCACGAUUUAAAAAGCUUAAUGGAAACCAUGAAGCAUAAAAAACAGGGUUUUCUGCCAGGUGAAGUGAAAUGUUUAGUUCAACAAUUAUUAAAAGCUGUUGCACAUUUGCAUGAUAAUUGGAUUUUACAUCGAGACUUGAAAACAUCAAAUUUAUUAUUAUCUCAUAAAGGAAUUCUUAAGGUUGGAGAUUUUGGCUUAGCUAGGGAAUAUGGUUCUCCAUUGAGGGCUUACACGCCGGUUGUAGUAACCCUGUGGUAUCGAUCACCAGAGCUUCUUCUUGGAUGCAAAGAGUACUCCACAGCUAUUGAUAUGUGGUCAGUUGGCUGUAUAUUUGCUGAACUGGUUGCAAUGCAAGCCUUAUUUCCGGGUAAAAGUGAAGUUGAUCAACUAAAUAGAAUAUUUAAGGAUCUAGGAACACCAAAUGAAAAAAUCUGGCCUGGUUAUUCAAAACUACCUGCAGUUCAAAAGAUGACUUUUACUGAAUAUCCUGUGUCUAUGAUUGGACGCCGAUUUGCACAAACCUUAUCACCAAGAGGCCUGGACAUGCUUAACGGUUUUCUUACUUAUGAUCCUGAAAAAAGAAUCACAUCUGAGGUUGCCUUGCAACAUAACUAUUUUAAGGAGGUACCACUACCUAUUGAUCCUGCUAUGUUUCCAACGUGGCCUGCAAAAAGUGAACUUGGAACAAGACGUGCACUUGCCAGUAGUCCUAAACCACCUUCAGGAGGUGACCAGUUUAAAGCAUUGGGGGAAGGUGAAGGAGCCGAUGCGUAUUGGGGUGAACGAGCAUCUUUGUUGGAUACAAGAAACAUUCCAAUGGGUGCAGGCUUCUCACUCAAGUUUUAAUAAAUUCGUACAAAUGUAUAUGGCA